AGUAACAGAGAGAGCAUGAGACAGAGCAAGAGUGCAUUGUUUGUAGAGAGAGAGAGAGAGUAAAACGGUUGAUAUUGUCCAUCUUUGAUAUAUAGCUCGAAAAGAGGCCCGGGAAACUAGAACAGCUUUUCAGGAGAGAGAGACAGAUCAGAAGAGAGGACGUUUGGACAUUGAGAGAGAGGAGACAGUGCUCUGUUGAGAGGUGAAACACAAGUUAUGCUGCAAACCAUUUAUGAGGCAGACUCCAGCAUCUCUGCGGACUGGAGGAGGAGAAUUGUGGACACACGGGACACUACAAUCGAAUCAGCACGACCACAUACAGCACGCGCAUGAACUGAACUCUGAAAGCGCGGGAGAUGUUUCUCGCUUUGGCCUGAUACAAGGAGAUGCACUGGCAAAAGCCAAGCGAAACAAAAUAGGUUCAGAGGCGUUGUCUGCGGUGGACAGGUCUGAGGUCAGUAUGUUGGACUGGGAUUGUGACUCUGACGAAUGGGAGAAGCAGUUACAGCACGAGCUGCUUCUGAUCCAGAGACAGCAGCAGAUCCAGAAACAGCUCCUCAUCUCUGAGUUCCAGAAACAACACCAGAACCUCCUGAGACAGCACCAGGCGCAGCUCGAGGAACACAUCAAGCUCCAACAGGCUCUGUUAACUCUCCGCCAGCAGCAGGAGGUGUUCACUGAGGAGCGUCGGCUGGUGGAGGAGGAGAGAGAGGAGGUGCACGAGGAGGAGAAGGAGAUUCACAGGAGGGAGACACAGAAACAGAUGCAACACAGGAGGAAGGAGCGAUCUAAAGAGAGUGAGCAAAACAUCCAAUCCCCAUGUGCGAUGGCGAGCACUGAAGUUCGACAGAAACUGCACGACUUCCUGAUGAGUAAAUCGGCUAAGGAUCCAUCUACAUUCAGUGCUGGUUACCCUCUCAGCCAGCACGCAAAACUGUGGUACAGCUCCGCCCACCCAGGUCCCGCCGAGCAGAGCUCCCCACCACUAGGAGAGACCCCUCCCACCUUCAAAUACCCUCUGACCUCUGGUCUGGACUACAGAGAGGACUUCCCUCUCAGGAAGACUGCGUCCGAGCCCAAUCUGAAGGUGCGCUACAGACUCAAGCAGAAAGUUUUCGGGAGAAGAGGCGGCCCCAUGCGGCGCCGAGAUGGCAGCAUACUCGUCACUCCGCUGAAAAAACGAACCCUAGAACUAACAGAUUCUUCAGCCAAUGAAAGCCCUGCUGGUUCUGGACCGAGCUCACCGAUUGGCUUGUGCAACAAUGAGAACGGAGCGCCAUACCGGUGCAGCACAACCGAGAUCGAGCGAUGUCUGUCACAGAGUGGUGUCCUAAAGACAGAUGGAUGCAUGUCUCUGCUGAAUCUCUACACGUCUCCCUCUUUACCCAACCUUACGCAGGCACUGCACCCUGCUCAUGCACACAUCUGCAAGGGUACGGCACUGAAAGAUCGGACUGCAGAGGGUCUCGGGGCCGCCACAUCGCCUGUCUCACUGGAGUCUAAAGUGAGCAAUGGUCAACAGGCGCUAUUGCAACACCUCCUGCUGAAGGAGCAGAGACUGCAGAGACAGAUGACCCCUGGUAGUGUUCCUGUGCAGUCUCCAUCUCCUCUGGUGAUGAAAGACCGUCCGGCAGUGAGCUCUCGCGCCAGAUUACCGCGGCAUCGGCCCCUGAACCGGACCCAAUCGGCUCCGCUGCCCCAGAGCAGCCUGGCCCAGCUCGUGCUACAACAACAGCACCAGAACUUUGUGGAAAAACAGAAACAGUACCACCAGCAGGUUCACAUCAGCCAGGUUCUGUCUCAAUCCAUCGAGCAGCUGAGGAACCCCUGCACACAUCUGGAGGAGGAAGAGGAAGAGGAAGAGGGAUCUUCAGCAGACCACGGAGAGUGGGAGAUCAUAGCGCCCCCUGCUGUAGUCAUCCGGAGCCGCAGUUUCCCAAACUCCACCAGCAUCACUGCAUGCAAUGAGCCGAGUGCCUCCCAUGCCAGUGUGGUCAGACUGAAACAAGAGCCUCAGGAGGAAGAGAGAGAGGGCGAGAGAGGAAGAGAUACAGGUGAAAAAGACAAGAGGAAUUCAGCUCAGUUCAAACGAAGAGAUGCUGAACAAUGCCUUGAAAGUAUGACCGAAACUGAUGUGUGAAAGAAUGAAAA